AUGCUGAGUCUCACGGGCAAGUCUGCGCUCGCUGCGAGCGGCAAGAGCUCGAAGGGGAAGUCCGAGAAGGAUCCACUCGCGCAUCUCGCGGGCCCGCUGACCAACCAAAUCAAGAGGAAGCUCGCGGCCCAGAUCACGGACGACGAGGGCGCGAAGAUAGUCGAGCAGGAGGUGCAGGACUUCAUGCGUUUGAACACGUACAUCCGCGAGCAUGACUUGGGAAUGCUGGAGCGGCGCAUCGAGGCGCGGCUGCUGCAGAACGCGAAGCGCGACGCGACGGGGAACCUCGCGGUACCGCUCUCGAAGACGAUGCAGAAGAAGCAGGUGAUCGCGGACGACGAGUGGGCGCGGAUCUACGCGUUUCAGCACGCGGAGGCCGAGGAGGAGGAGGCGCGGCGGCGGGCGCGGCGGACGCAGCAGAUCCUGGGGAUGCGGGAGACGCUGGCGGAGCAGAUCAAGGAGCGCGAGGCGCGGGAGCGGCGCGAGCGCGAGGAGGCGGAGCGGUACCACGAGCAAGAGAUGAAGGAGCUGGCGGCGUGGGAGGCAGAGCAGGCGCGCGUGCGGGCGGAGCGCGAGGAGAAGGCGCGGCGGAUCAAGGAGGAGCGCGACGCGCAGAUCGAGGAGAUCGGCGCGCUGCGGGCGACGAUCCGGGAGACGGAGGCGCUGGAGGACGAGCUGUUCAUGACGCAGAUCACGCUGGAGCAGAAGAAGGCGAUGAAGGCGGAGGAGGAGCUGAAGCGGCAGCAGCACGAGAUGCUGGAGCGGAUCAAGGCGGAGAACGAGGCGACGAAGCGGAUGCGGAGGGAGGCGAAGGAGCGGGAGUGGGAGGAGGAGGUGAGGUACGCCAAGGAGCACGACGCGCUGAUGGACCGGCAGCAGGCGGCGCGGGAGGCGCAGGUGGAGAAGCUCAAGGAGUGGCAGCGGCAGGCGGAGCGGCAGGCGAAGGCGCGCCCGGAGGCCAAGCGGUGGGUCUCGGAGCGGCUCAUCGACGCUGCCGCGAACGAGUACGAGCGCAAGGCGGCGGAGGAGGACGAGCGGCGGAAGCAGAAGGUCAAGGACCUGAACAAGAAGACCAAGGAGAUCCUCGACACCCAGGUCCAGGAGAAGCAGCGCAUGGAGCAGAAGCUGCGGCAGGAGGACCUGGAGUACACGGAGCGCAUCCUCGCGGACGUGAAGCGGGCGCAGGAGGAGAAGGAGGCGGCCAAGCGCCGCGAGAAGGAGAAGCAGGCGCAGAUGCGGCAGGAGCUGGACGAGCAGAUGAAGGUGCGCGCGAAGAGCUCGCGGCUCGUGCUGAUGACGGAGGAGGAGCACAAUUUGAACAAGGACCUCUUGCGGCGCGUGGAGGCCUUCACGAUGAAGAAGACGCAGGGGGCGGGCGCGAACCCGAUCACGCACCGAUGA